AUGAGACUCCCCAAACUCCUCACUUUCUUGCUUUGGCACCUGGCUUGGCUGGACCUGGAAUUCAUCUGCACUGUGUUGGGUGCCCCUGACUUGGGCCAGAGACCCCAGGGGGCCAGGCCAGGCUUGGCCAAAGCAGAAGCCAAGGAGAGGCCCCCUCUGGCCCGGAGCAUCUUCAGGCCGGGGGGUCACAGCUAUGGUGGGGGGGCCGCCAGUGCCAGGGCAAAGGGGGGCACCGGGCAGACAGGAGGCCUGACACAGCCCAAGAAGGAUGAACCCAAAAAGCUGCCCCCCAGAUCGGGUGGCCCUGAACCCAAGCCAGGACACCCUUCCCAGACAAGGCAGGCAGCAACGCGGACGGUGACCCCAAAAGGACAGCUUCCCGGGGGUAAGGCACCUCCAAAGGCAGGAUCUGUCCCCAGCCCCUUCCUGCUGAAGAAGGCCAGGGAGACGGGGCCCCCUCAAGAGCCCAAGGAGCCGUUCCGCCCGCCCCCCAUCACGCCCCAUGAAUACAUGCUCUCGCUGUACAGGACGCUGUCUGAUGCUGACAGAAAGGGAGGCAACAGCAGCGUGAAGUUGGAGGCUGGCCUGGCCAACACCAUCACCAGCUUUAUUGACAAAGGGCAAGAUGACCGAGGUCCUGUGGUCAGAAAGCAGAGGUACGUGUUUGACAUUAGUGCCCUGGAGAAGGACGGGCUGCUAGGGGCCGAACUGCGGAUCUUGCGGAAGAAGCCCUCGGACACGGCCAAGCCAGUGGCCCCUGGCAUCGGGCGGGCUGCCCAGCUGAAGCUGUCCAGCUGCCCCAGCGGCCGGCAGCCGGCAGCCUUGCUGGAUGUGCGCUCCGUGCCAGGCCUGGACGGAUCUGGCUGGGAGGUGUUCGACAUCUGGAAGCUCUUCCGAAACUUUAAGAACUCGGCCCAACUGUGCUUGGAGCUGGAGGCCUGGGAACGGGGCCGGGCCGUGGACCUCCGUGGCCUGGGCUUUGACCGGGUGGCCAGGCAGGUCCACGAGAAGGCCCUGUUCCUGGUAUUUGGCCGCACCAAGAAACGGGACCUGUUCUUUAAUGAGAUUAAGGCUCGCUCGGGUCAAGAUGAUAAGACGGUGUACGAGUACCUGUUCAGCCAGCGGCGAAAAAGGCGGGCCCCGCUGGCCACGCGCCAGGGCAAACGGCCCAGCAAGAACCCCAAGGCCCGCUGCAGUCGGAAGGCGCUGCAUGUCAACUUCAAGGACAUGGGCUGGGAUGACUGGAUCAUCGCGCCCCUUGAGUACGAGGCCUUCCACUGCGAGGGGCUAUGUGAGUUCCCCUUGCGCUCCCACCUGGAGCCCACGAACCACGCAGUCAUCCAGACCCUGAUGAACUCGAUGGACCCUGAGUCCACACCACCAACCUGCUGCGUGCCCACACGACUGAGUCCCAUCAGCAUCCUCUUCAUUGACUCCGCCAACAACGUGGUCUAUAAACAGUAUGAGGACAUGGUCGUGGAGUCUUGUGGCUGCAGGUAG